UAUUCGAUUUAAUAUCGCCCAUCGGGAGUGCUUUUAUAUUGGCAUGCUGCAAAUCUAUUUGGCCGUAUCAUGUCAUAACCUUAGUGGUGGAGGGAGCAGUCCUACGGACGAUCAGUUGAUAUGGCGAGCGAAGACCCCUCAAAAGCAGCUGGACACAUCAAUGCGCUGAACGACAUUGCGCGAGAUGUUCCGGAACUCCUCCAAGCUGCCGGUUCAGCAAUCAGCGCCAUGACCUCGAAACCGCCGAGUUCCACAAACCAUGGUAGUGAUGCAUCCCUGGACACACUUGAAGGUCGAAAAGCCGAGUUCCGCGCCCAAUCAAAGACGUUCUUUACGCUCGUCAAAACCAUCAGUGAGCGAUUGCAGACGGAAGCGCAAGAGCUCGAGGACUCGGGGACUCUGUUGGGCGAUGCGGCAAAGACCGAGACCGAAGAGGGGGUUACAAACGGUGGAAUGGGUCGUUUCGAUAUCGGCGUCCUCAAUGCGCGGGCUUCGGAUGUUGGGAAAGCCAAGCAGAAUGAAUUGCUUGAAGAGGCUCGGAAAUUACUCGAGGCGAAGGUGGAAGAGUCCGCUGGUGGACAAUCGACCUGAUCACGGGAAGUUCUGUCACGGAAAGGCCAGGCAGGACGUUCGGAUGGAUAUCAGUGGCAAUCCACUUUCCGCACAACUAUGUACCUAAUAUUCGAACAGGAGUUUGGCUGCUUUGCUCCUCUGCCGCUAGAGUCGGAUCUUCCGAGCCCCUCCGUGAUUUAACUGUAU